UUUUGACAACUGCAAUUAUGUUUGAAGUUAGUUUAUCAAGAAGCAAAACAGAAUGGGUGAAGUUUGGAAAAAUAAAGAAAAUCUGUUUCGUCGGAAAAGAUUACAUAUGUAUUGGAAGCGGGUGUUACAUGGAGUUUCUAAAUGUUUUAACGGGGGAGAAAUUUUUUUAUCAUGCAUCCGAGAAGGAAGUAGGUGAAGGGAUAUCCGUAUUUACCGGCCACAGAACCUUGCCAAUUUUUGCUUUCGCUGAAAAAUGUCGAAAUCCCAUCUUGCGUGUACAGAAGUGUUCUGAAUUCAUCGAAAUCUGUCAAUUGGAUAAACAGUCCAGUGAGGAUUAUCUCCAGUUGUCAUUUACGGAAGGUGAUUUUUUGGUGAGUUUGAAUGGUGAUCCGGCGUUUAGUGUAAUUGUUUGGAAUUGGAGAAUGGGUACAAAAGUAAUAUCGGUAGCAACAGAUAUAUUUGGAAGGUUUCAAUUGCUUAGAUGUAAUUUGGGCUCCCCAAUACUAUUCUCGCAACUCCAAACUGGACGUAAAAAAGUCAACCUUUGGGAGAUGUACUGCUGUGGCAAAAUGUAUGCCUUGCAACCGCAUAGAUUAAACUGUCCUGAUGACUGUGGUGUAUUUUCCGAUUUUUUGUGGACUUAUGAAGGAGCAUUAUUAGUUCUAGAUGUCAACGGUCACGUAUACAAUGCAGAAAACGAUUAUUCUUUAAAAAGAAUAAUUGAAUGGUCGGACCCCGGAAGCACAGUUACAUCAUUUGCUUGGUACAAAGCCGGAAUAAUGAUUGCUGGGCCAAACGGAACAUUGAAACACUUUAAGAAAUGCGGAUCAUGGGAAUGUGCUUGCAGUCUUACACCGCCCACGCCAUUAAAGAAAAUCGUAUCCAAUUACAAGGAUUUACUCGUUGGAAUAUCGGAAACUGGAGAAUUGAUGUACUAUAAUAACUCAGAAGAUCGCUUCAAGUUCAUUUUACCGUACGAAAGUAGAUUCAACGAUGUGUGUCUUAUUUAUCCAAAUGGAGAUCACAUUGUAACCUUACAACACAAUCGUGAAAUUACCUCGUGGGAAGUGUUGACGGGAGAAAUGAAAGACAUGAUGGUUCUUACGCAAAAAGCGUUAGCUAUUAAAGAAAAUCCAGAGUAUCCCUACAUUGGAGUAGGUUACUCCAAUGGUGUACUAGAAUUGUUCUCGCUGUACGAUCCAAGCAACAUAACAUCUAUGACUAAAUUUAACUUAUCCAAAAAUCCGCUGAACAGCAUCUACUUCACGGAACUGAGCAAGUUGAUAGUGGCGGCCGAUACAAUCUCAGGAGAGUUCUUCAUUCUGGAGGAAAUUCCGGGAACCAAGAUGCGUAUAAUAUACACUUUGGAGACAAAUCGACAGAUAUGCGAUUAUAUAUUAAUUGCAUCGAGAACUUGUCUACGAUUAUUUACUAUUUACGUUACGUCUGACUUGUAUAUUGCCGGAGAUAAAAUUGCUCGUUAUUGCAUAAUACGAGACAAGCCGGAUGUUGAUUUAAAGGUAUACGACUUGGAAUCGAAUUCUCAAAUGUACUCGAAACUUUAUGCAACAAGAAAACCGAAUAGAGAUCGAGUGUUUUAUGCAAUACCCAUUACUACGAAGAAGAUUCACGAAAUAUCAACAAAACGAGCUGACAACCUGGCAAGACUAACAGAUUCGAUCGAAACGCUACAUCAAAUGAAAAAGAUCGCACUACACAUUGACCAACACCACGUGGUUUCUUGUGCGUACGAUGGAUUGGUAAUAAUUAGAACGGUCGACUUUAAAGAGGUAAAGGCCAUUAUAAUGCCGCAUUACCGGAAUUAUGGAGGAGUCGCAAAGGCUUAUGUAGAUCCCCUAGGCAAAUGCGUUAUUUCAUUGGGAAGGGAUAACACGCUUACUUGCAUAUCAUUGACUGACAUUGAAGUAAAUCAAACCAAACAGGAGGUACUUCACGAACUGCACACUCGACUCGAAGCAAUGUUUGCUAGACCAACCUAUGGAUUGGCACCUACAGGCGAAUUGGAAGGAAAGACUUGGUUCGAAGUUGAAAAAAUAAACAAGGAGAUACGAGAGCGUAUAGCAUGCGCCCAGGAACGACACGACAUACUUUUAGAGUUCACGAAAAUUCAGUACGAAAUUAAAGAGCUGUUAACGAAAAAUCUAGAAGGUCCAGAGAAUGAGAGGCUGGACAUACAAGAAUUCAACCUCGACAUUGCUCUUAAACAAGAAAAAACGCUGCAGUCUCAGGAAGAAUGUAAACGUACCAAACAGUACCUGGAGGCGUUAAUUGUAGCACAAGAUAACGUGUCCAAAUGGAUAAAGCAAUUUUGUUGGAAUCCUAUGAAAGUUCAAGGUCAAGAUUUGGGAGCAAUAUUUGAAGAAUUUAUUGUGGAAAACUACGUGCUACUUGAUCACGAUGUAGGGUUUACUACGAAUACGUUGGAGGUAGUAACGGAACUUCGUAAUUUGGAGCAGAACAUGUCGAAGGGUGAUUCACUGGAACCGUGGGUUCCAAAAACUGUAAGCCAACUCAACUUACAAUUGGAACAAGCGCCAAAGCUAUCUAAAGCUGAAAGAGGUGUCAACUUACUGGAAGUGUUAGAAGAAGAAGAAAACAUAAACGAGGACCUCAUUGAUGAAGAUACCGAAACGGCGUUUAAAGGUUCCGUGUGCCACAGUUACAUUAAAUUACACGAAGGCCAUUACUCUCAGAUGCAAGUUCAAAGUUUUUUACAGACAUACAUCUCACGCAUGCAUAGCUUGGUGGAAAUAAAAAAGGUGAAGGAGUAUUUCAAUAAAGUUUUUAACGAUAUGAUGAACACAAAAACUAGGGAAAUGGGUUUAAUUACGGAACGAAAUGCAAGACUCCGGCACAUUAUAUCAGAAAUCAACUACUUUUCUGUUGAUCAAAUUGACAUUGUCGUAGUAGACCCGCCUUGGCGUCCAAACGAAUUUCCGGAACGGAUAUUGACUGUUGAUGACAGUGAAAUUUUUACAACUCCUUACAUAUCACCAAGUACUCAAGCUAUACUCGAUGCGAAAGCCGCCGAAGCUGAACGAAUUCGUCUGCUGCUUUUGGCCGACGACUUUAGAGAACGAGCUUUAAUGGCAAUGAUGAACGGAGUUCUUGAAGUUAGAUGGGAGGAUGAAUUACGAAAAGACGUUCCGUUGCCGAAAUGCAUGAUAGAUAAGGCGCCUGAAACUUUCAAUGAAGACGAUUUGCGCGCGGUGCGAGAUUACGAAGAAGCGGUCAAGUUUUUAAACAGCGAACGAGAAAGAUAUAAAAAACUUUUAAACGCCGAGUACGCAAAGAUUGGCGGCAUCGUAAGGGACAGCGUUAAAAAAUUUAACAAAAAACUGGCAGACUGUUACUUAACCAAGUUGCUAGUGGAUUCUGGAAUCAAACAAGAAAAUUUACGGAUAUCGCGACAACAACUAAAAAAUCACGAAAGAGUAAUGUUGAAUAAGAGUGAGUUACAUAUUGUGCAAAAUUUGAAGAACAAUCACGAAGAGUCGGUGCGUCUACAUGAUAAAAUUUCCAGUUUCCAGGAAGUACUAAAAGAACUGAAAUUGCAGUUGGAAAACCUGCAAGUUAAAGAUAAGCUUUUGGAAAAAGGGUUUAAGAAAGAUUUCGCAGAUGCGAGUUCUGUGGUUCAAGAACAAUGCGCCAAAUUGUACAAGCGUCGUCCGAAAGUGAGUAUUCGAAUAAUUCCCACUGUUGCUUUAACCUUGGAGGCUGCUAGGACAUUGAUGUCGCAAGAGAAAACGAUCCUUUUAACCAGCGAGUGUCUAGAAUUUUUAAAGUCUGCAGAUUUAUUGGACCAAUACGUCAAUGUUCCCCCAGCUGUGGACGAACACUACUAUGCAAUUGUAUGCAGACAUCGAAGAAUGAAAAUUGAAAUGGAACUGAAGGCCCGAGCUCUUCAGCUUGACAUUCAGGAUGCUGAAUAUACAAUCUCCCAGUCACAAAAGCGCUUACAUCAACUGAAGGAGGACUCCCAACAACUCGUGCUACAUUUGGAGGAAGUGCGAAACAAAAGGAUGGAAUUAUUUCAUAACAUUGAAAUACAACUGGUCUUGAAACAAGGAUUGGUAGAAAUUCCGUUAAGUGGUAGCAUAACCGAUUUUGAUAACGCUGUAUUGGUGAAUCGUAAAGACAUUGAGACAAUCAACAGAAUAAUUUUGAAAGGAGGUAAUAAAAAAAUUAAGGCAAUGAAAGAGACCAUGAAUUUUCGAAGAAAUAUUAUUGCAAUGGAAUGGGAACAUCGGCGAUUACAGAUGAAAAUUGCAGAUUUGAAAACGAACUAUCAAGAGGUCGAGGGUAUAAAGGUCACCAAAGAUAUUCAAAAUUAUUUAAAAUUUAAAGCCAGAGGUUACUCGUUGGAGAGGGGGCUGUCAUUCGAAGACGAAAUUGAUAUGCAGAAAGCCGCGUUUGAAAAGAUAAUACAAGAAAAAAAAGAUAAAGUGAACGAAUUGCAGCAAAGUAUAAAUAACGUCAAAAAGGAGAACAGAAAGCUUGAUGACGAAAUCGCCGCAGUGAACGUGGACGUCUGUGAAUAUCAAUUGGAGAAAGACUACGAAAUGGAAGAGCGCGAGAAGAACAUAAUCAAGAUACGAAUGAAGACUUUGGUUAAAAGAUCUUUACUAGUGAAACAAAUUCAAAAAAAUCAUAGCGACAUUUUGAUGUUACAGACAGAACUAGAGCUUUUGAGGUUGAAAACAUAUCCAACUCUUUCGUAUACAAUCUUAACAGACUAGACGUAGAAAAACAAUGAUGCAAAGCUUAUAGAACUACCUACGUGAAUGCCAGUGUAAAUCGUUCCUUCAUGGUGUAAAUGUGCGACUUUUCCGAAAUGCCCAUAAGUAGUGUGUUAGGUUUUAUGCCAUUUGUCUAAAUUUUGUCAAUUAUUUAAGCGACUUUAUGGAUCUAUUAAAGGCCUCUCGACUUUC